CCAGCGCGGGCGCUCAGGCCUAGGCGGCGCGGUGAUGGCCGCCUCACACGGAGCUGGAAAGCCGGCGGUCUCCAGGCACCAAAGCCCGAUAAAUCCCACCACCGGAGCGCUGGCAGCCCAACCCAAAAGCAAAGACUCCGUAGACGACCGGGCAACUACGGCAGCAGCCUUGGAGAAAGAAAAGGAAGAGGAAGUGGAGAAGGCAGAGCCUCAGGCGCGGGCGCCGGCUGAUUUUAACACCAACUUUUCUGGGGUGGAUGAACAUGUAAACUCGGAGGACUUUGUGGACUUUUCUGAUAUCUGCCACUCUAAUGAAGAAUAUUUCAGGAAACUAGAAGAGCUAAAGGCUGCCCACAUGGAAACUAUGGCAAAAUUAGAGAAAAUGUACCAGAAUAAAUUAAAUUUAAAGGGAGUUCAGCCAGUGGUCAUCAGGGAAGGGGCUUCUAGUGUUUCAUCUGGGUCUGUAUCAGAAAAGAAUUCCUAUCACCCUGUCUCAUUAGUAACAUCAUUUUCAGAACCUAAUUUAUGUCGAUCUUCCUCCUUGAUUAUGCUUCCUUCUGAAGAUGAAUUGCCCAACUUAGAAAAAGAGCAUCCUGAGAAGAACAAAGUGAUGAGCUAUGCAGAGGAGCUCAUCAACAACAUGUGGACAGACUUUUCUGUUGAAGAUUAUAUUCAGUAUAAAGAUGUUGACUUACCAGCAGUUGAAAAAGCAAAGAAGAAGCCCAAAGAGUGGGUACCAAAGAUUACAGUACCUGAGCCUUUUCAGAUGACAAUUAGAGAGCAGAAAAAAAAAGAAGAGGACAUGAAAUGUAAGUCAGAUAUUGAACUGUUAUACAAUGCUCUCGAAAAAGAAGAUUCAGAAUGUAAGAAGAAAUUCCGAGCUAAUCCAGUUCCUACAUUCAUUUUUUUCCCCCCUUAUCAUGAUUUACUCAAGCAAAAUGAAGAACAGAGGAGAUUUAGGAAGGAGAAAAACAAAGAAGCUCUUUUGGCUUCACAAAAGCCAUUUAAGUUUAUUGCAAGGGAGGAACAGAAGCAAGCAAUCCGGGAAAAGCAGCUGAGAGACUUUUUGAAGUGUAAAAAGAAAAUGAAGCGAUUUAAAGCCAAACCUAUACCUCGAUCUACUUAUGCUUUAACUACCAAUGGCAAGUUAAAAGAACAUGAGCUCUGUGGAAAUACUAGGACACAAGAGCUUUUACGAAAUUCAUCUCCUCUGUCUGAUAACCUAGCUUAUGAAAAUUCUGCUACCUGGAAGCCCAGGUAUCCUGAACAGACUGAAAAGUUGAGGGGUAAACACAAGGGUAAGUGCCAGACUACUAAUUUUGAAGACCUUCCUGAGAGAUACCAGAAACACCUCUCAGAAUGGGAGUAUCCAAAAAAAAUAACUUGUAAACCAUUUGAUCCUCCUGCAGUCUCAGGUAGAUCCAUUAAACAAGAGAAAAUUUUGGCAGACAGUGAGACAGAUGAAGAAGAAAAUUUAAAGGAAACACAGUGGCCUUACCCGUCUCCAAGGCAUAAGUCACAAGUAAGAAGUGCAAGUGCAAAGCCCAUCCCUUGGGACUUCCACUUUCCAGUGCCCACAGCAUCUUCCAGAGGAAGAGAACAAGCCACAAGGAAAUCACUUGAGGAAAAGAAAAUGUUGGAAGAGGAGAGAAAUCGGAUCCUAACUAAGCAGAAGCAAAGAAUGAAAGAAUUGCAGAAACUUCUGAUAAACCGGGCUAAGGCUUAUGAUUCACAUCAAAGUUUAGCUCAGAUGUCGAAAGCCAGAGUAAAAUCUCUCAGAAAGAGUGAAAAGGAAAGGAUGAGAGAAUAUCAACAAGAACUAAAAGAAAGAGAAGAAAAGUUAAAAAACAGGCCACUACUGUUUGAAAGAGUUGCUCAGAAAAAUGCAAGAAUGGCAGCAGAAAAGCAUUAUUUUAAUACCCUCAAGGUACUAGGAAUAUCUGAUGAGUUUGUUUCAAAGAAAGGCCAAAGAGGAAAAGCAUUUGAGUACUUCAGCAAUCAAGAGAUGAAAAGUUUCACUGGAGAUGAAGAAAGCUUGAAUGAUCAAGGAAAAAUAAAAGAAACAGAGAAUGGGGAAGAAAAUUCUCUUAUUGAUACCAGCAGCCAAGAUUCUUGUAAGGAAAAAGAUGAAGCUGAUGAAGAAAGUGAAGAGAAAUCUCUUGAAAAAUAAAAUGAAAUCUGAAGAUCUCUGUGACCAAGGCUUUGCUUACAUCAUCAUGUAUUAGCAGCUGCACUUGAGCAGCUGAUAGAAACACCUACAAUCUGUGUGAUUCUUAAAGUCAUUGGCAACCUGAAAGGGUCAAAUCCAGCUGGUCAUUUGGUCAGUUAGAGGAAGACUUUGCCUAUUCUAUUUUUUAAAUUGUUACUUGUGGUCGGUUGGCAACUUUGAGCUUUUAUUUUUAAAAUGA